AAAAAUUUUAAUGCAAUUGAAGUAGACUUCAAACAAGUUAUCAGCAUUAUAAUAUUGUUAAUCGUUAUUUAAACUACUAAUACUAAUAUUAUUACUAUAUACUAUCAUAUAUUGCUGGGUGUGGUCAAAAUGAGUAUAGUACAUUAAAAAGCAGACGUGUUUUGUGGAUUUUAUCCCAGUGUAUAGUAAUAAAAAGAACUACAAUUAAAAAAAUAUAUUUUAAAAGAAACUGUAAUAAUAAAACACUUUUUAAAAAUAUUAUUUUGUUGUCAAUGGACACUAUGCCUUUUAAUGUAAAUCAAAACACUAAGUUCAUCGUAUUAUAUUCUUAAUCCACUUGACUUUUGAUUCUCAGUAUUAAUUUACUUCAACAGCGAAAAAUCAAUAAAUGUCAAAAGUUGCUUAAAAAUAUUAAGUAGACUGAAUCAUACAAAAUUUGCUAUUGCAUAAUCAGAAUGUAAGAGAAAUGCACACACACACACAUACACAUAUACACAGACGUAUAAGAGGAUAAUUGUCAACAUAAAAAUAAUCAACUGAAUAUUUAAAAUCUAUUUCCCAUCAUUUAAUGAACUUACGCAUAAUUAUUAGUUAAUAUUCACAUCCGAAGUCUUAUCUACCGACAAGUGUUUGGCUACGCAUUCUAUUGAAGAAGAUACCUUCUAAUGGUAUGGAAAAACCAAAGAGAAUAACAACAGUGACUACUACAGCGUUUUUGUGUACACACUAUUAGUUAUUUACUGCAAUCCAGUUCAUAAUGGAUUUAUUACAAUUCAUUCUCAUUUUUGUGAAUUUUCCAUUGAUUUUGGAGUCACAAUACACAGAUAAAUGGACUGAAAAAAGUCUUAUUAAAGACUUAUUGAGAGAUUAUGAAAAACGUGCAAGACCCGUUGUGGAUGGCAUGUCACCGGAAUUAAUCGUCGGUAAUACUACUGUGCAGCAGAUUACUGUAGCAUUUGGUUUGGGAUUAAUUCAGAUAUUACAACUAAAUGAAAAUGAACAAAUUCUUACUGUCAGUGUCAGAUCUCUAUAUAGAUGGACUGAUUAUCAUUUGGUGUGGAACCCAGAGGAAUAUGAAAAUAUUACACAUCUUAACAUUCCAACCGAUAAAAUUUGGCUUCCAGAUAUCGCGCUGUAUAAUUAUGCUGAUGAACGUUUGGAAGAACGACGUGAAUGUGCUGUUCGAGUUGAUCAUAAUGGUGUUGUGGAAUGGCACCCAAUGGCAAUUUACAAAAGUACAUGUCCAGUCAAGAUUAAAUACUUUCCUUAUGAUAAGCAGGUCUGUUAUCUUCGAUUCGGCCCGUGGACAUUUGAUAGCGCACGAGUCAAUAUAACAUUCUAUGAUGAAGGUUUCAGUAUGAAGGAUUAUGUUGAAAGUCCUGAAUGGUCAGUUUUAAAAUAUUGGCAAAAACAUAGAACACAUGCUUAUCCCUGUUGUCCAGAACAGUAUUCCGAUACACUAUUUUUCAUCAAAAUUGAACGACAAGCAGCUUACUACAAUUACAUAUUGAUUUUACCUUGUUUCUUACUAUCUUCAUUAACACUAGUCCUAUUUUGGCUUCCUCCGGAAACUCCAGCGAAAAUGGUUUUGGGUAUGAACAUUUUCCUUGCAUUCUUCCUCUUACUGUUACUGCUGGAGAAUUCUAUCCCAUCGGCUUCAAGUUCAUUUCCCCUUAUAGGUAAUUAUUAUUGCAUAAAUAUGACCUUGGUGACACUGUCCACAUUUCUGUGCCUUAUUGUGGUCAAUUUGCAUUUUCGUGGUGAUCGCAGAACUGAGGUUCCAUUUUGGUUAAGAAAAUUGGCAUUGCAUCAUGGGGCUCGAAUUUUACUAGUCAAUGUUGGCCCACCAGGGGGUCCACCUCCUCCUGCUGCCUCUAACAAGAUGUCUGACAAGACUGCAGGAAACACAAAUUGUGGACAUGCUUUUAUUAUCCCACCAGACAAUUUACUCCAUGGAAAUUCAUUUAAUCCUAAAAGGUUUUCGCUUAUGAGAAGUGAAUUCAACGAACAGUUUAUCGACAAUCCCAAACUAAAUCGCUAUGGAAAACCAUAUGGUAAUAAAUUCUGUUCACCGGAAUGCUACGAAAGUAAUAUUCGUCAAAUGCAUAUGAAAUCACAGUUUCCAGCAGGAUCACCAAACCACAAAUAUCCUGGUUGUUAUUAUACUGAUAAUAACUCUCAAAUGAAACAUUUUCCCCCAUACAGUAGGAGACCAACACGAGAAGAUGAACAAGCUGUUCCAUGUUCUUUUUGCCCUGCCUGUGCGGGUCUAGCAGCUGCAGCUGCUGCAUCCACUGGCGCAUAUAAUGAUGCUGACCCAGCAUAUUACGGUGAACAACAGUGCUCCAUGCAAACAACUCCCAAGAACCACUUUACACAUGACCCAACAGAUGAAUUAGCAGCAGUUUGGACAGCUGCAAUCAAUGAAUCUAACAUGCAUUACAAACGUUUAUCAUCACGUGGAUAUAAUGAGAAUAAUAAGCAAAGUGGAGAUGAAGAUGAGGCGACUGAUGAUGAAGAUGAUAUGCAUUCAACGCGGAACAGAAACGUUGGACCCGAUUUAGAACACUUUCUUCUACAAUGUAUCAAGCCUGGAGCGUCCAAGAAAGCUAUAUCAGCUGCUAACACAAAAUGGAACAGUUCUUUACAAAGUGGUCAACCAACAUCCCCAUUUUAUCCAUUCACAUCUCCAGUAUGUCAAGAUGAUUCAGAGGAAGAAGAAAUAAAUAAAAUGAAUCUACCAAGAUGGAGUUCAGCUGGACAUAGUGUUGGGGGUCGCAGUCAUCGUGUUCCAAAUCAUCAUUCAGACAAGGAAGUUAAUGCAGAUGCAGACAAUGGUAAUCUAUGGAGAGCUAAUUCAAGUAGUUUUAUCGGUCCUAAAUAUAAAAAACCUAAUAACGACUGUGAUCAACAUCUCCUUAAACGUGUUCGCAUGGUCACACGUGAUGUUUCAGAAAUCGUAAAAGGUAUACGUUUCAUGCAGAAACAGAAUGAGAAAAAGGAGAAGAAUAAUAAAAUUAUCUCUGAAUGGAGAGCAGUAGGUAUGGUGUUGGAUCGUUUAUUUUUUGUUAUCUACCUCUGCGCUUUGGGCAUUUCUAUACUGCUGUACUUUCCAAGAUCGGGAGAAGAUUCAGAAGAGACCACAUAAGAUACAUACCACAGAUAAGCAAACUACACAGAGAGAAUAUUUUUCGUUUCAAAUAUUAUUUCCUCAACCGUUUUAUAAUGCUACAAAUACAAGUGAAGUGGUUGGUUGAAGUAUUUUGAUUUAGUACAACAAACAAACUUUGUUUGUCAAGGAAAAUGUGCAUAUAGAUAGAUGGAUAUUUGCUUUUUACCAACGCUUGAGCUCUUUUUAUCAUUCUAGUGAUAGUAAAUCUUCUAACGCUAAUACUGUUAUUAUCGGCCGUUGUAUUCUCUACUCAUAGUCACUCUAUGAUUAUAAGAAGGGGGACUUUUGUUUAAAUGCCUUCAAGGAGUAUUUCAUAUUCAUUUGUUCAAUUGACAUGUACGAACAGAUGUAUCAGAGGUGUAGAUUCAAAAUGAACCUAUAAUCAACUUUCAGUUGUUCAAUUUUAGAACUUUCAAUGGUGAUACUUCCAUAAAAAAGGUUGUUAUUGCAUAAAGUUCUCAGGCAAUUAGAACUUAUAAGUAGAUUCAUGCAUUUAUUAAUUACCGAAAAAGUUAAAUUAUUAAGAGACAUGUCAUUACUGAAAUGUUUACACUGUAGCAUUCAGAAAGUUGUAGAAUGUUCAGUGAUGAGCACUUACUUAUACAAAAAAUUAGAGUUCAAAACGUAAACAGCUCACUUGAAGUUAGACUUAAAAAAUGGAGAUUUGAAUAAUCUAUUGUAAUUUAGCAUGCUUAUAUUGUCUAAUGAUUAAUUUGUAAGAUAUUCUAUUUCUACCCGUGAUUAUUGUAUUUUCACUUAUUGUUUUCGGUAAAUGCUAAUCAGCAGAGGAUUACUCUGUAAAAUUUGACUGAAAAUACUAUAGUCUGUUGCCUAAUUUCUGUUGAAAAAUUGUCAUGUAAAAAGGCUCUAUGUUAGAAUAGGAAUAUCUUAAUGUUUAAGUUUGGUCAUUUUGUAUCAUUGUUCAUAUUCAUUCACAUUUUUUUGUUAGUUUAGUAGUAAAAGAUAUCCACAUAUUCUUCAAUUCCUAGAAUGCGUCACAUUCAAAUUCCCUUUUACGUUUUGCAUUUUGGUAGGCAAAAUAAAGAUAACUGUGCAUCACUGAGAUUUAUCUUUUUUAAAUCUGAAUAUGAGAAUGUAAUUUUUAAUAGUUGCUUAAAGGGUUAAGGAAAAUUGGAGGAGGAAACGAAGAAAGAAAUGCUUAAUUCACCUACCGAAUACUGCUCCUAUGUGAAACCAGCAUUGUUGGUAUUGAUGAAAAAGUCUUUCUUUUCUUAAGUAUUAAAAGUUUUAUGUAUCUGAGCAUUUACAUUUAAUACACUAUGUGAGAAUUAAUCACUUGUUUCCUUAUUCUUUUAUUUGUACUAUUCUUUGUUAUUGUUCCUCCUGAUGCAGUAGUGCUAUACAAACUAACUAACUAGCCUUUAAGUUUUUCUUCCUUAUUCUAUGAAUACAAAAAGUUUUAUCUCCGUUUUGGAGAGAACUAAACAAAACAGUAAUAUUCAUAUUCUUCCAGUAACUGAUUGGUUUCACUAGCCAGUCUAGUUUGAAAUUUUCAUCUUUUGCAGUAAAGUUACUAAUAACUACUGAGUUCUUAAUCAGUAGUGUACAGAACAAAGUGAUAAAAUUUGUCGUGUUUUUAAAUCUUAUUCACCAACUGUUAGCGUGAUGAAAUCCUACAUGAAUUAAUUGUCCUAAUACUUAAUCCUACACAGAAAGUUGGAUUUAUGUAGGUAACUUUGCAUUGAAAGCUACUAACUUGUAAUCAUUAAAUUUUCUUCCCCUAAUGACAAGACAUUUAUAAAGAAAUUUAUUGUAAAUAUUAAUUAUCUAAUAAACUCUGUGCUUUUACCAUUGAUACAUCAAUUUUUGGUUACUUUUUAGAAAAAGCCAGUGAAGAUAACAAGAUCUUUCUGAGGCGUUUUUUAAGAGGAAAUCUUCAGGAACAUAACUUUAGUAGUCCGAUGAUAAUAACUUUUGAGGUUUUCAUCUCCUCUGAGUUAGUUUGUGUUCUACUUCUUUAAGAUAUUAGUAAAUCUGAUUUAAAUUUUG